AUGUCUGAUACCGAUUUAAAGUCAAUUGAAGCAAGAACUUUGGUAGCUGAAAAGGAAGCUCAGGCUAUACAGGAAGAACUCGAUAAACUUGUACGAGGGGAUCUCAACUAUACGUCUCACCCACAAAUUGUUAAAUUACUUUCUGAUAACGAGAAACUGAAACAUCGCUUGGCGAUUCUCGAAAAUGCAAUUAAAUCAGUAAGUGGAGUCGUGAAGGCUCCCAAAAAUCGACCAACGUUAAUUACUAAUAUUAAAUCGAUUGAAGGCACCAUAUGUGUCGUUGAUGAAUUGAAGAAAAUUUUUACCAUUGCGAUUGAGUCAGCUUAUCCCGAUUUAGAAGACCCGCCUGUUGUAAUCACUCUUUCUGGCAAUAAUCCUAAGUUUGGAGACUACCAAUGUAAUUCUGCUAUGCCAAUUUCACAAUUAUUAAAAGCUAAAAAUAUCCAAACUAAUCCUAGAGAGGUUGGAAAUAAUAUAUUGAUAAGAACACCUUCAUCACCACUUAUUCAAAAACUGGAAGUAGCUGGUGCAGGAUUCUUAAAUAUAUAUUUAAAUAAACUUUUUGUAGAACAUGUUCUGAAUAGCAUUCUUAGAUUUGGAGUGAAACCACCUCCUGUAAAGCGAAACAGGAUUGUUGUAGAUUUCUCUUCACCAAAUAUUGCUAAAGAAAUGCAUGUUGGUCACUUAAGAUCAACUAUUAUUGGGGACAGUAUAUGUCGUGUUUUAGAAUUCCUAAACCAUGAUGUCCUUCGUAUAAAUCAUCUUGGUGACUGGGGCACACAGUUUGGUAUGCUUAUUGCGCACUUACAAGACAAGUUCCCUGAUUAUAAAACUCACUCACCACCUAUAUCUGAUUUACAAGCAUUUUAUAAAGAAUCAAAGAAAAGGUUUGAUGAGGAUGAAGAUUUCAAAAAGAGGGCUUAUGCUUGUGUAGUUGAAUUACAAUCGGGACACCCAGAUUAUACUGCAGCAUGGAAACUUAUAUGUGAAGUAUCUCGGCAAGAAUUUCAAAAGGUUUAUGACAGGUUAGAUAUAAAAAUUAUAGACCGUGGUGAGUCAUUUUAUCAAAGCAGGAUGGAUACCGUAGUAAAAGAAUUGAAAGAGAAGGGUUUGCUGGAGGAAGAUGAAGGCAGGUUAAUUAUGUGGGGCAGCACUGAACAAACUGGAAUACCAUUAACGAUUGUAAAGUCUGAUGGGGGAUAUACUUAUGAUACUUCUGAUAUGGCAACAAUAAAGCAACGAGUCGAAGAAGAAAAUGGUGAGCGGCUCAUUUAUGUAACUGAUGUGGGUCAGUACACUCAUUUUGCCACCAUUGAAGCUUGUGCUAGACGGGCAGGUAUCCUAAAAGAUGGGCAGAAGAUUGAACAUGUUGGAUUUGGAGUAGUUUUGGGUGAAGACAAAAAGAAAUUUAAAACUAGAUCUGGUGAUACAAUAAAACUAAUUGACCUUAUGGAUGAAGGUUUAAAGAGAGCUCUUGAUAAACUGGUUGAAAAAGGCCGUGACAAGGUGCUUACUCCAGAAGAAUUAAAGCAAGCACAAGAAGCUGUAGCAUAUGGUUGUAUUAAAUAUGCAGAUCUUUCACACAACAGAAUAAAUGAUUAUAUCUUUUCUUUUGAUAAAAUGUUAGAUGACAAAGGAAACACUGCUGUCUAUUUAUUGUAUGCAUUGACUAGGAUUCAGUCAAUAUCAAGAACAGCUCAAGUUUCUUUUGAUACUUUGAUGACGGAAUUUGAAAAAUCUGGGAUAAAAUUAACUCAUGACGCUGAAUGGAAGCUGGGUAAAGUCCUCUUGCGGUUCCCAGAAGUGAUUUUGAAAGUAACAAAUGAUCUAUAUUUACAUAGCUUAUGUGAAUAUUUAUAUGAAAUAUCAUCAACAUUUACUGAAUUUUAUGAUAAGUGCUACUGUGUUGAGAAGGACAAAACUGGCAAUGUUAUCAAAAUUUUCUAUGAAAGGCUAAUGUUAUGCGAAGUAACUGCCCGUAUCAUGACUAAAUGUUUUGAAAUAUUGGGAAUUAAAACUGUUUCUAAAAUGUAG